UGAGCAGAGUGAGGAUACACAGAGUGGCCAGAGGGAGAGACAGAGAAGAGGAGGCCAGUGUCUCUCCCGCUUUAUCCAUUAACCAGUUUCGAGGGAGAGAGGAGUGACUCAAAUUAGGUUGUUCAGGAAAAUUCUAGGUCAGUAGUGAGAGGGGAAAAGGGAAAGAGACAUAGCAAAAAAAAAAAAAAAACAACAACAAACAAAAAAAAAGCUUUCAGAGAAAAAGGCUGCAGCCAUUCAGGCUUAAGUGGGAAAAUCCAAAGUGAGAGAGCAGGAUGGCGUGAGAGGAUAAAUGAGGCGGUUUUUUGGAAAGUACCAAAGGAACCCAAAAGGAAGGAAUGUAUGAGGGAUGUCCACAAGAGGACUAAAUAUCAGGCCGUGAAGGAGAAGACACAGCAGCGUCCUCUGUGUCAAAGACCUCAAGAAACCACAGAGGAGGAAACUUUGCCUUUCACAGACUGACACUGAAACCCUUCUGCAGAGUGAUUGCCGUCAACAAGAGAAAUGGAGAAGUGUCCAUUCUCAGAAAGAUAAAAAGGAUGUCACUGCCAGUUUUGCUGUUGCUAUCACUCUUGACUGUCCAAUGUGGUGGAUGUGACUUUGACUGGGAAGGUGUGAAAAACAUUAAAACGACUAUCGACUCCAAUCCAACUGGAUUUCGGACAGUAUUUCCUAAAGAUUACUAUGUAGUGCACCACUACACAAGAAGCAUGCUCUGUGACACUGAUCCGUGCUGUGUGUUCCCUGCUGCGGUGGUCCUCCUGGAUUCCUGGCAUGUGCUUCUCAGAAACCUCUGGGAUGAGCACCUAAAUCACUCCUUAAUCCUCGAUCUAAAGCAGACACUGGAUAAAAUUGUAAGGAAGAACAAAAAUACAGAGAGGUUCCAAGAGGAGACGGACCUGGCCCAAUUCUCCCCAUUAUCUUCCUCUCCCGAGGAACUGCUCAACCUGACGUCAGAACUUUUCACUCAGUGGCUCAAGGUUGCGUGCUUGCCUUCCAUCAAAACUUGCGCCCUGCCCUCUCUGCCCCCCCCUGUUGAGAGGAAGGACUACGGUCCAUCGAGGGCCAGACUCUUGACCACCAGAGCUAUCAGCGGCGAGGAGGAAUUACAGCCUGACAAGAUGAUAGACAUUACAUCGCCGCCGUCCAGCAGUGGUCCCCCGUCCUUAUCGCUUCAUGCUUCUGUCUGGAGCCCCUUGCUAUUCAGACUCUACUGGUGGUUGUUGCCAUAGUAACUAAAAAGGGUCUUUUUGAUGAUGCACACAAAAUGCAAGACAUUUCCUGGCACUGAAUGUUUGUUUUCUUAUAUUUGUGUUAAUGUGUUUUAAUGCAGUAAGCUUUGUUAAUUUGAAGUGACAAGCACAGGUUGCAUUUAAUGUCCAAAGUUAGCUCACAUAGCUAAGUUCACUGUCCAACAGUGACCCUGUAACAACUGAUAUCACACAUAUAAACAUAUAGCCAUCCUCUCUAGAGCAAGCCAUGUGCUCCAGCUAGCUAUGCUCUUUAUGCUAACAAUGCUGAGCAAGCCAAUGCACAUAAGCCAUUGUCUAUUGAUGUGGAAUUCAUCACUGUUUACAAUGAAUGUUGUGUAAAUGUAAGAUAUUACAGUCUAUGGGCGUUUACUUUUGUACAUAACUGUAAAUUAAAGACAUUUAGAUAUAUGCAUUGUUAGUUUUUGGUUUAACUUACCAGGAUAUACUAUCCCCAAAGUUGUAAGCUAUAUUUAUUGUGCUGUUUGUCAUCAGAGAUGGAAAGUAACUAAGUCUAUGUAAUCAAAUACUGUGCUUAAGUACAAUUUUGAGAUACUUGUACAUACUUUCCUGGAGUAUUUCCAUUUUAUUCUACUUUAUAUUUCUAGUCCACUAGAUUUCAGAGGAAAAUAUUGUACUUUUUAUGCAGCUAUAUUAAUCUGACAGCUGGAGUUAUUUCUUACUUUACAGAUGUGUUGCAUUGUAAGAAAUUUAACUACACAACAAUUCAUUAAAGGACCAGUGUGUAGGAUUUAGUGACAUCUAGCCUUUGCCUCACCCUCCCCUUCCAAGUGUGUACUAGAACCUAAGGUGGCUGCGAGACUUGUGCGAGGUGUUGUCUUGACUCAGUGUUUCAUUUUUUGUUGUGGGCUACUGUUGAAACACGGCAACGCAACAUGGCGGACUGCAUGGAAGAGGACCUUACGAAUUGGUUCACCCUAACCCUAACCAAUCAUCACUCCUCAUGCCUAAACCCAACCAACCCAACCACAAAGGCAACAAGUACUAGCCAAUCAGAGGCAGAGUGUGGCAGGUCAUAGCUUCACCAUAUAGGUUUUGUAAUUUCCCUCUCAAGAUAUAAAAAAAACUCAUCCAAGGUUAUGAAAAUAUAAUGAUUCUUGUUUUCACAUGAUUACACUAAUGAAAUAGGCUAUUAUUUUCAAUUUCUGACAAAACAGAUCCCCCUAAAUCUUACACAGUGGUCCUUUAAGUCAUUAAAAUUAGCUCUCUGGCAUUAUUGCAUUAACAAAUCUAAUCUAUCAGAAUUAUAAUGCAUUCAGUACUUCAAUACCUUUGCUAACAAUACUCCUACUUUUACUUAAGUAUGCCUUUGAAUGCAGAACUUUUAUUUAGUAUUUUUACAGGGCAUUGCUAUUUUUGCUUCAGUAAAAAAUCAGAGUAUAUCCUCCACUAGUGUUUGUCACUAAGACCACUUACAUACUUGUAUUUCUGUCAAUUCUGCUAAGAGAGAUUAAAUUUUAUUUAUGAUUUUGCAUUGCA